GUUACUUUUGCUGUUGCACUUGUUUGUAGGACAGUAGGAGUUUGUAUUCAACUUGUGAGCAAAAGAGCAUGAGCUAUAAGCCUCCAUUGAGCAAAGCAGAAAAGGUUUCUAUAACCUGCAAUGAUAUCAAUCAGUCAAAUGGUGGCAAUAUUGCUGCUAUUGACUUUGGGACUACAUCAGUUUCACUGGCCUACACUACCAAAGGAGAUGAGAAAAUUAAUACUUUCCUGCUGGAUGCUGACGAAAAAUCUGCUCGAGUUCCAAAUGCUUUUUUUUUGGAAAGAGAUGAGAAUCGAAAGAUAUCUGUAAUAGCAUUUGGAAGUAAUGCCAGAAACAGGUUCUCAGCCAUUAAACACUCUAUUACUCAAGAUUUUAUUUACUUUGAAAGGAUCAAAAUGCUAAUGAAAAGAAGCAAAAAUAUCAAUCGACAAGCAUUGGUUAGAUCUUUUUCUGGUGAAAAGUUCUAUCUACUUGAGGUCAUUGCAUUCAUACUACAGUAUGUUAAAGAUCAGCUCAUAGACCAUCUCGCUAUUGGAGCCAAGCCAUUGAAGACAACAGAUUUUGAUUGGGUUAUUACUGUACCUGCUAUAUGGGAUGCACGAGGAAAGAGAAUGAUGAGAGAAGCUGCUUAUCUCGGUGGUCUGCUAACAGAAUCUAGUAAUGGGAUAACUCAUUUUUCCCAAAUAUCUGAUAUCUCCUACCCCAUUCCAGAUGAAAUCAAUCCAGAAAAGCUCUCAUUAGCGCUGGAGCCAGAGUCAGCAGCUAUUUAUAGUCAAGAAAAUAUCAUUGAACAAAUUGAAGGGGAUCCAUCAACAGCAGCUGUCAAGCGUCCCACAAAAUACAUGGUGAUUGAUAUAGGAGGAGGCACCGUUGAUAUUACUACUCACUUUGAAGUUGAUGGUGGCAUUGUUGUUCAGAAUAUACCAACUGGUAAUGCAUGGGGUGGCACAGAGGUUAACAAAGCAUUCUCUAAAUUGCUUGAGAGUGAGUUAAAUGAUCCUAGUUUUCAAAAUUUUUUACAGCAUGGCAAUUAUUCUCAGCAAAAGGCCAUCUUGAAUAAGAUGUUCUACAUUGAGUUUGAAAACCAGAAAGUUUUGUUUGGUAAAGAAUUGAUCAAUGAAAUACUAAUAACUCUACCAAAAAAAUUUGUCAAAUUUUUUCAAAAUGAGCUCGCCAAAGGGAUCAAUGGUAUGGAAUACGAUGAUGAUAUGGAUACGCUGUGGGUUAGCAAUGAAGUCAUAGAGUCUAAAUUGUUUGGCCCUGCAGUGGAUGGCAUCAUAGAAUCUACACUUUCAGCUAUUGAAGAUAGUGAGCAUAAGGUUGAUACAUUUUAUCUGGUUGGUGGGUUUGGUGGUUGCAAGUAUAUUCAUCGCAAGGUAUCUGCUGCCAUUAAGAAUGCAUACAGUUCUAAAGGUCAUGAUGUUCACGUUGUAGUACCUUUGACGCCUCACUUGGCUGUUGCUACUGGAGCUGUGAUGUGGCAUCAAAAUAAAGGAAAAGUGAAAGGGAGAUGUGUUGAUGCUACAUACGGAAUAGGAACAUCUAUUCCAUUUAAUCCUGAACAGCACGAUGAGCAUUAUUGAUACUAUGACAGUGCAUGGGAGCAUGAUAGGUGCAGGGAUGUCUUUGAUGUCUUCAUUGAGAAAGGAGAGCUUGCAAAAAUUGAUGAAGUCAUAACGCUUGACUUAUGCCCUUUUAGUCAAGAUGACACUGAUGUUCACAUCAGCAUCUACUGCACAACUGAGCCUGGAGUGCAGUAUGUCAAGGAUAAAGAGGGGAAGAAGGCAGUUACAAAGAUUGGAAAACUUGUUAUAGAUGUUCCCAAUCCUGAUAAUCUCCCGUUACAUGAGCGUUUAGUUGAUGUAUCCAUGGAUUUCAGUGGUACCGAGAUAAAGGCCAAGGCCAAGUACCGUAUAAAUGGCAAAGAAGUUAAAACUGUGUGCGACUUUCUAAGCAUUCAUUAGUAGGACUAUUAUUGACUAGAUAGUUGUUCUUAAUUAUAAUUGAGUAAAUAGCUAUGUACUUUGCUUUCUAUAUAUUUUUUGAAAUUUACAAUAAAUUCGUUUAUAU